AUGUCAGGCUGCCCCCACCUCUCGAGCAAAUCCAGAGUCUGUGACUUCCGCGAAGUACAUAAGGAGCCUGACUUGUGCAAGAUGGGGGUCGCCAAAGAAAGCGGACUGGGCGGGCGAAUGAGCAUCCACCUCGCGACACGUCGAGAGUUCAUCUGUGUAUCGCGCUUCUCUAGCAUCAGCGUUCCUGGCGAAACCGUUCACAAGUUAUUGUAG